AACAACCUGUCGUAAUGUAAACAAAAGCAUGUGUUUACGUCGUAGUGAAAGAAAAAUGGCCUGAAAUCUAAAAAUAUUGUAGAUUUACAGCCGAAAAAAUGCGGUCUGCUGCAAAAUGGGAAGCGGUGCGAGCUCAUCUUCAAAAGUUGUAUGUGAAAAAGUAAACAACAAUGAUAAGGAUGUGUGCAGAUCUCAAAAUCAAAGGCGAUCUACGAGUUCGAUCCAAAAUAAGACCAAUAAAUUUAGCAUUCGAACGAGGAAACAAAAACUUUCAUCCUUUUCUAUCACAGUUGACAGUGAUGAUGGCGACAACAUCAUAGAAGAUGAAUUUAUUUUAACGACAAGAAACCAAGUUCAGUAUAUUUGUAACCAAUUGAGCCGAAAUAAACUCUACUGUGAUCCACAUUUCCCAGCUAAUGACCGAGUUUUGUUUUUUAAUGGUUACCAUAAUGAUAGAGUAAUAAAAUGGAUUCGUCCUCAGGAUUUGGUAUUAGAUGGUACAGAACCCGAGAUGAUGAUUGAUGGUGUAACAAGGGACGAUAUACAACAGGGGAUUUUAGGGGAUUGUUGGUUUUUAUCUUCAUGUGCUGCCGUAUCACAACAACAACGCUUUAUGAAAACGAUUUUACCAAAAGAUCAGCCAUUGUGCGGACAAGGUUAUAAAGGAGUUGUCUGUUUUAGAUUUUGGAGAUUUGGAAACUGGGUUGAAGUUUAUAUUGAUGAUCGACUGCCCACUGUAAAUAGAGAACUUAUUUAUGCACACUGUACGGAAGCUAAUGAAUUCUGGGUAGCUCUUAUAGAAAAAGCUUAUGCCAAAUUACGUGGAUGUUAUCAGUCUUUAGAAGGAGGACAAACAAUGGAUGCACUAGUCGAUUUAACGGGAGGAUUAGCUGAACGUUAUAUGUUAGAAGAAUAUGAUCCAAAUAUGUAUCGCCUUAUACUUAGAGCUCAUAAAAACGGUGCCUUCAUCACCUGUUCAAGAAAGGGUGAUUGGAGUGAUAGUACUAAAUCUGAUGCUACAGGUCUGGUAUCAGGACAUGCUUAUACAAUAACCAGUGUUAUUAAGAUAAAACAUCAGAUGGGAGAAGAAAAAUUAUUGAGAAUUCGGAAUCCAUGGGGUGAUGCCACGGAAUGGAAGGGUUCCUGGAGUGAUAAUGAUGUUAAUUGGAAAUGGGUUGAUAGUGAAACGAAACGUAUGAUGGAUAUACAGUCUAAAGAUGAUGGAGAAUUCUGGAUGUCAUUCAAAGAUUUUUAUCGUCAUUUUCAAGAAGUGACCAUCUGUUUAACAGGACCUGAUUUUGAUGGGGAUGGAGUUUCAGAUGCUGUUGGUCAUAUGGAGAUGAUCAGUGGUCAAUGGAAGGGUAUAUCAGCUGGUGGAUCCAGAAAUAAUUUAGAUUUAUUUACAAAUAAUCCUCAAUAUUUACUAACUUUAACUGAACCAGAUGAUUUUAAUCUGCAGACAGAUGAUCCCGAGCUAGAAGGGAUGUGUAGUGUAGUCAUAGCUUUAAUGCAAGAACAGAAACCAACUCGAGACGCUGAUCAAAAUUCACAUCAACAAAUAGCUUUUGUUAUAUACGAGAUUGAUAACCCUAACGAAAGAUUAACUAAGAGAUAUUUUCAUUCCCAUCAUGAACGUGGACGAUCGGGAUUAUAUAUAAAUUAUCGUGAAGUCAGCGGUCGUUUUGAAUUAUCUCCUGGACAUUAUGUUAUUAUACCUUCCAUGUUUCAACCUCAUAUUGAAGGCAGAUUCCUCAUUCGAGUAUUCGGUGAAAAGAAAUUUUCUUUAAAAAGGCUUUUAUGAUGUCAUCUCAAGUAAAGUACAGACAACAUAGUAUCUACUGGACGACAUUGUAUCAUAUUUUAACUAUUUAUUAAAUUAUCAAGAUCAACCAGACUUAAAGUGUAAACACGUUAAUUGUGAUAAAAUAAUUAUGGGGCCACCUGCAAUAGUUAUUUUAUACCAAAAAACAAAAUCGAAAAAAGAAGAAUAUUGGAGUAUAUCUAUUUGUGAUCUAAAUGUUGAGAGCAAGAAUAAAGAUGCAUUAUGUAAGAUUUAAAUAAAGAGCUGGUCGUUCUUGCUAUAUUAAAGAUGCAUUAUGUAAGAUUUAGAUAAAGAGCUGGUCAUUCUUGCUAUAUUAGUUUAAAAAUAGAUAAUUAAAUAUGAAUAUACUGAAAAUUUCAUUCAAAUUACUUUAUUCUGGGUGAAGUUAUGACUAUUUGAAGAUGUAGCAACAGUACUUGACAACCAAGACUAAGUCUUGAUUAUCCAUUUUAUCGUUAAUUAUUGAAAUCUUGCGCGUGUUUAAAUCCAUUUAAAUCUCAGCCAUCCGAUGGUCUAGAGAGUUGAUUAUAGACUUUCAUGUGAAUAAAUAAUCAAGAUUUGAAGCCAGAGAAAAAAUACCCGCAAUAAGCAGAUUUAGCUCCUACAUACGUAAUGUAUCUUUAAGUAAAAAAAAAAGUGAUGCUACGCGAGAGUGUUAGUAUGAAUAUAUUGUGAAAUAUCUCGCUUGAGAUCUUUAAACAACUUAUAUACAGAUAACACUAUCACACCACAAGUGCAUUUCUAUAAAAUCAUCACAUGACUGCCAUUUUAAAUGAAAUGGGGUUCAUCUUCCUACUUUUCAGAGUUUUAUCAAACUAUGGGGUGGCCAUGGUUUAUGGUUGGGUUGGGCAGGUGCAGUUACGCUCAUAACAUCAUAAGGUUUGUCAUUGAGUCAAAUCGCGUGGUUCCGACCCUAAGCUUGGACCUGACAAGGAAUAGGGUCUCGACCCUCCCAGUCGAAUAGGUUUUCUCGGGGUCCACUGAUUUCCUCCCACAGUUAAAGACCCCUACAUGAAAUGUGAAUUAUUGAAAUACAAUUCGACCAUUUGUUUGUUUCUCUCUGGUGGUACUGGAUGCUUCUGUAGAUAUACGUUAAAUUAUGAAGGCUUUUAUUGAGUGUUGGCUAAUGAAGACGAACCAUUUUAAAUAAUACUACACCACCUUCAAACGAUGACAAGGUCACAAUGUAUAUUAAAGAGAGAGUGAAAUGGGGUUUAAUGUCCACUUGACACAAACUAGGUCAUUUCGGGACUAACAUAUGGUUCAAUUUUAGUUAGCUCAAUAAUUCGCUUGUGUGUAGGGGUCUUUAGCAGUGGGAGGAAACCGGAGGAUCCCAGAGAUAACCCACGAGGUUGGACAGGCGACCCUAGUCCUUGUCACGUACAACCGGGGAUUCGAAACCAUGCCAGUUGACUGAAUGACAGACCUUAUGAUACAGCGCGCACAUGCUAACCAUUGACCGUCCUACCCCCACCCCCUUGUAUAUUAAAGCCUUAUACCAUAUAAUUUAUUUGUAUAUACAUAUAAAUUAAUUUUAUUAUACCGGUAUUCUUCUUGUACACAUAUCAUCAAUAUGUAAAUAUUUGCAUUUGAUUUUUUAAAACUUCUUAGGCCAUACCCAAAAAAAUAAUCAGGUUUCCAGAUAAUCCUGCAUCACUUACAAAAGGGUGGCAUGACCUGUUUUUAUUUCAUUAAUUACCUCAUGUAAAUAUUUUCAGUCAGUUACAGGAAAUAAAAAUGUUAAUAAAUGUUAUUAACAAUCAUAAAUCACACUGGAUAAUAAUCCUACAUUUCUUUAAGCAACAUGGUGAAAUAAAUGUCACUGGAUAAUCAUGAAUGAUACUGGAUAAUCCUACAUUCCUAUAAAACAACAUGAUGAAAUAAAUGAUACUGGAUAAUCAUACAUUCCUAUAGACAACAUGAUGAGAUAAAUGAUACUGGAUAAUCAUACAUUACUAUAAACAACAUGAUGAUAUAAAUGAUACUGGAUAAUCAUACAUUCCUAUAAACAACUUGAUGAGAUAAAUGUUACUGGAUAAUCAUGAAUGAUACUGGAUAAUCAUACAUUCCUAUAAACAACAUGAUGAGAUAAAUAUAGUGUCUUAUAACGUGAUUUGAGAAUUCAUUUAGCCCAGUAGUGAUCCUUCGACAAAUAAAAACCUUCCUCCCACAUCAGAUUUUUAUGAAGAAUUGUCUGGGAACAAGAAUAUUAAUUUUGUAUAGCUUUAUUAUUAUUGCUUAUUGAAAUGUGUGUAUAUAUGAUUGAUUUUGAUCGAUAGCCUUAUUGAACUGUGUGUAUAUAUACAUAUGAUUGUUAUUGAUUGCCUUAUAUAAAUAUAAAAUGAGA